AACGAAUCACUGUGAUGACGAGGUCGUAACACGUCAAAAUGGAGAUAAAACUUAUUCAGGUUCCUAGUCUACAUUUCAUAUUGAUUAUUCUGUUUUUCGUAUUUACUAUUCAUCAGUCAGAAGGUAUAUGUAAUCCCAGUGCAAGAUCCUGCAGUAGUUGUAUUAAUGAAAUAGAUGAUGGCGAAGAUUGUGGGUGGUGUGCAGAUCAGGUCCAAGAUGUGCGAGGUUGGCGUAUCUCGACGAAAACAGAUGUUAUAACCAAGAGAAGAUGGAUAUGGAUUAUAGAUUAUUACGGAAUGAGCCUUUGUCUACUAUGCAUUCAAAACGAAUCGCACCUCAACAAAUUUCGCUGAAUAUCAAGAAGGCGUCAGGAAAAGAGACUGAAGUCCAGUUUGAAGCCACAGCAGCUAAGAGAUGGUUAGCUACUAAAAUUUCCUUUCCCAGACGAAAAUACAGCAUAACAAUGACUUCAACUUGUAGAUUUCGUUGGAGAGACAGUGGACGAGGGAGAUGUUCUAGGACCAGACGAGGACAAACUUUGACAUUUACGCUGAAGAUACGAGUGUUAGAUUGUAAUGAUGGGAAUGGAAGAAUAACAGUAUCAAUACCAGGAUAUACCCAAGAUAAACUCAACAUCGAAAUUCGCUCAUCAUGUCCUUGUAGCUGUGAACAAAAUAAGGAAAGGAAUAGUGCAGUGUGUCGUGGAAAUGGCCAUUUAUCUUGUGGAACAUGUGAGUGUUCUGAUGGAUAUUUCGGUCAGCAAUGUGAAUGUAUGGGGUAUGAAAGAGAUACGUGCAGAGCAAGACCAGAUAGUACUGUAUGUAGCGGUAGAGGGAAUUGUGUUUGUGGUAUGUGUGAAUGCCAGGCAGGUUUUGAAGGCCAACACUGUGAAUGUAAUAAUGAAAACUGUAAUUGGUUUAAUAAUUCGAUAUGUGGUGGAAGUGACCAUGGAAUUUGUAACUGUGGAGAAUGCACGUGUAAACCAGAAUAUACUGGUACAGCCUGUGAACUUCCAAUGUCAACAGAUGGUUGUAUUGCUCCAAAUGGGAUAAUAUGUAACGGUCAUGGAAAUUGUAUUGGUAACACAUGUCAAUGUAGAGGAACGUAUCGUGGUAGAACUUGUGAUCAGUGUCCCACAUGUAUUGGACAAUGCAGUAUAUUAUGGCCCUGUAUACAGUGUACAAUAUUUCAAACAGGGGAGCUAACCCGAGAAGAUUGUUAUUAUCAAUGUAGACAGUAUGGUAUCAUGCCAGUUGAUUCACUUGAACGUAGAGAAUCGUCAAGAUUGUGUAUGUUUCGGGACGAUGACAAUUGUUCCGUUAGUUUUAUGUACAUGUUUGAUGAAGAUGGCGAGCUAGUGGUAGAAGCUUCAAGACAAAAAAAUUGUGCACGCCAAUGAAUUACCCGAUGGUUAAACUAAAUACUAGUUUUGAACUAUAUUUAUAUAUCUGUUUUCUUACUAUAUCAAUUUCAUUAUUUCAUUUACUCGUGUCUUGUAUUAAAUCAAACCCACCU